AUGAAUGAUCGUGGCUUUGCCGUCAACGAUUGCCAUGCCGAGAUAAUUGCUCGGCGUUGCUUUCUACGUUUUAUCUACGAUCAACUUGAGAUGCACUUGUCUGAGGACCCUGAAGUGAGAGGCCAGUCCGUCUUUGAAUUGCGUGAUGGAGGAGGCUACAAGCUCAAGCCAAGCAUCCAUUUUCAUCUCUACAUCAGCACGGCUCCCUGUGGCGAUGCUCGGAUCUUCUCACCCCAUGGGCAGGAUGUUGAGACAGGUGACCGGCACCCAAAUCGCAAGGCCCGUGGCCAACUGCGAACAAAAAUCGAGUCUGGAGAAGGCACGAUUCCGGUGCGAUCAUCAGGCUUCAUUCAGACAUGGGAUGGUGUUUUGGAAGGAGAGCGUUUACUAACAAUGUCUUGCAGUGAUAAGAUUGCAAGAUGGAAUGUCUUAGGAAUACAAGGAGCCUUGUUAUGUCACUUUAUGCAUCCAAUCUACUUGGAAAGUAUAAUCCUUGGCAGUUUAUACCACAGUGACCAUUUAUCCCGUGCAGUCUACUGCCGUAUUGCAGGUAUCGAAAAUCUACCCGAUCUGUUCCAACUUAAUCGACCAUUCCUUAGUGGCAUUAGCAGUCCCGAGAGUCGCCAGCCAGGCAAAGCCCCAAAUUUUGGUAUCAAUUGGCGCAGGAAUGAUGACACAUUUGAGGUAAUCAAUGCCAUGACUGGCCGUGUGGAAGGAGGCAACAUGUCCAGAAUUUGUAAGCAAGCCUUAUUUGACCGAUUCAUGAACUUAUACGGCAGACUGUCUUCAUUGACUGGUCAGUCGGUGACCACUCGGCCAACACUUUAUUCUGAGGCAAAGGCUGCCGUAAUGGAGUACCAACUGGCCAAGCAGUGUGUUUUUCAAGCAUUCCAGAAGGCUGGCCUAGGGAACUGGGUUCAGAAGCCUAUAGAACAAGACCAGUUUGAAAUGUCUCAAGAUGUUCCUGAUAUUCAGCUAAAGCCUGCAGAAGGUGACACUGCUACAACUGAAGUUAAAAAGGGGAUAUCUAUAUUUCCAACACUGGAGCAAAUUUCAUCCCUCUCUCUCUCUCUCUCUCUCUCUCUCUCUCUCAAUUUCCCUGGUGAAAAAGUAGUGGGGCAGUGUUAA